AUGUGCUUUUUGGUCGGUUUGGUGCCGAUGCUAAUUUUGAGUUGUGUCCUUUCUCUGCACCGCGAUCUUGAAGUAUCAGUGGCAAAAAUACGAGUUCAAUAUCCAGAUUAUAAUGUGGAUGAGUGGCUGCUUGAGAAUCGUUUCGAAGGAAUGGCUGAUGUGCUCAAUCCAGCGGCGAUCAUCCUUUUAGCAUGUGCAAUCAUUCCAAACAUUCCCAGUGUCACUUUUAUGUUCAUUUCGCGGCAAAGAAUUCUAAAAAUUCUCGAGAAAGAAGAGCUUUGUAAGGUGACAAAAGAAGGACUGCGAAUGUUGGUUAAGAGUCUCACCAUGCAAAUUCUGAUCCCGUUGAGUCUCUGCUCGUUGCCGGUAUUUUUGUACAUGGGAGUGCAAUUCUCAGGGAAACAGCUCACAUUCCUCGAAUAUCUUAUUUUUGUGCUCAUUUGUCUACCCCCGGCAAUCAAUCCUUUCAUCACUCUCUAUAUUAUGGCUCCAUACAAGAAAGCGGCAAAGGUUGAA